AUGGACGGUCUGGAGGAUCUACCAAAAAACUUGGAAACGUUGGUCAACGCCCCGUUUCCUAGCACGCUGCGAGCUAUGCAAUCUUUUCUAGGGACCCUGAAUUAUUACCGGCGUUUAAUUAAGGAUUUUGCAGCGUACGUCGCUGUGUUAUACGAGCUGCGGGAAUCGGAUUUCUUUGACAUCGGUCGAGCUCAACUGGCAUCAGGAGACGAAUGCUUCAACGAGGGUCGAUGGACGGAAGCUAAGGUUGCGUUCACGAUGCUAAAGGCUAAGAUAGCUACAGCUCCCAUGCUUGAACAUUUCGACCCGGAUCGCCCUCCCGUAAUCGUGGUCUACGCUAGCAAGUGGGCUGUCUCAGCGGCCCUGAUACAGGAGUAUGAUGGCAUGCAUCAUCCGGUGAUGUUUACUAGCCGCACGCAAAAGCCUUACGAGCUUAACUACGGGACGGUGGAGAAGGAGGUGCUGGCGUUACUUCGUGUUUUGGAUGUGUGCUAUACCACACUAGCCUCACUAGAAAUCACUGUGAAGAAAUGCGAAAGAGGAGAGGAAGAGAUAUUGGUUACGCUAGCAGCGAGUGUUACCCCGAGAGAAGAGAUGGAAGAGAUGCUGAUCGCAAUCUCACCGCGCAAGGACUGUCGACAUUAG